CGCGCACUCCUAAUGACUCUUUAUUCAAAUAAGCAGUGGUGAGUCGGAAUUGAACGGGUCUCCUCUGCUGCGACAGUGACGCAGUCUCGGUGUGAAGCGGGCUGAGGAGGGAGCACGUGGUAAAUCUGAAGGCGGCCACUGCUGUCCACUUGGCACGCGUAAAAGUUCAACCGUUCUCCAACUAGAUGGGGUGAGACAGAAUACGCGUCAAAGCGCUCUGCACUCGCACCAAGCACAAACUCCCAGCUGAGACUUGUUGUUGAUGUUUUUGUUUCUGUGACAGGAAGACUUUUUGUGACUCUGUGUGGAUUUGUGAACACAUUGCCUCUCUGUUGACCACAGGACAGUUGUGUUUUUUUUUGUUGCUGUUUCCCGAUGAAGCAAUGAAUGUGUGAAUCUGAGCGGAGGAACCUGGGCUGAAGUGCGGCGGAGGUGCGAGAUAACCCUCAGAUGUUUUCAACUCUCCCGUUUUCAUCCACACAUUUAAGACUCGCGCGUUCAGCUCGUGAACACCCAGCGGUACCUCAGCCCUGCGUACGCCCGCGGUGCGACCACCGUGGCUGGGGAACCUGAUCAUCCGAGUAACGACUCUCUCUCUACCCCACGCCCCCCCCGGUGGAGGCAUUUGAAUGGAUUUUCAUGGAUACUUUAUUGAAACUUGGGAGAUAGAAUCUAACGGUUUUCAAAUACGUGUUCGGGGCCACUUGGCUCGUGUGCGUAAAUGCUCUCCACGUUGAUCUUUACGCAAGAAAUGCGUCUACCUGGCGACAUUUAAAUCAAAUAUUUUCCAGUCUGUUUUUUUAUUUUAAUUUUAAUUUAAUUUUUGUUUUAGAUUUAAAGACAGUGGUGGAGAAGAUGAACCUGUGCGUCGUGAGUCUUCUUCUCACUUUGGAUUUAGCCACGGUGGCGCUCAGUCUGUCCACAUGCAGCACGCUGGACAUGGACCAGUUCAACAAGAAGCGCAUCGAGGCCAUCCGAGGGCUGAUCCUGAGCAAGCUGAAGCUCACCAGCCCGCCGGAGGACUUCCCGGAGCCCGAGGAGGUGUCCCCGGACAUUGUCGCCAUUUACAACAGCACCAGGGACCUGCUGCAGGAGAAAGCCAACGAACGUGCGGCGACGUGUGAGCGGCAGCGCAGCGAGGAGGAGUAUUACGCGAAGGAGGUGUACAAAAUCGACAUGCAGCCUUUCUACCCGUCAGAAAACGUCAUCUCUCCUACACACUUCAACCCAUACUUCAGGCGGCUGACAUUUGAUGUCUCCUCCAUGGAGAAGAAUGCGUCAAACCUGGUGAAGGCUGAGCUCAGGAUCUUCCGUCUUCCGAACCAUGCGGCUCGAGUGUCUGAGCAGCGCAUUGAGCUCUACCAGAUAUUAGGACACAAAGAUCUGACAUCCCCAACGCAGCGGUAUAUUGACAGCAAGGUGGUACGAACACAAACAGAGGGAGAGUGGCUGUCGUUUGACGUCACAGAGGCAGUGAGUGAAUGGCUGAACCACAGAGAAAGAAACAGUGGAUUCAAGAUCAGCCUGCACUGUCCCUGCUGCACAUUUGUACCAUCAAAUAACUACAUUAUUCCCAACAAGAGUGAGGAGCUGGAGGCACGCUUUGCAGGUAUUGAUGACAGCUUCAUUCAUAGUGGUGACCUAAAGGGGUUUAGGAGGAGGCGACACAGCGCUCGAGCUCCACACCUGCUCCUCAUGCUUCUGCCGUCGUACAGGCUGGAAUCUCAGUCCCAGCACAAGAACCAUCGAUCCAAGAGAGCUCUGGACGCCGCCUACUGCUCCAAAAAUGUGCAGGACAACUGCUGCUUACGUUCCCUCUUCAUCGACUUUAAAAAGGACCUCGGCUGGAGGUGGAUCCAUGAGCCGAAGGGAUAUGAAGCCAACUUCUGUGCAGGGGCAUGUCCAUAUCUGUGGAGCGCUGACACCCAGCAUUCCAAGGUGUUAGGCCUUUAUAACACCAUUAACCCUGAAGCGUCCGCGUCGCCCUGUUGCGUUUCCCAGGACCUGGAGCCCCUCACCAUCCUCUACUACAUCGGCAAGACCCCCAAAAUAGAGCAGCUCUCCAAUAUGAAGGUCAAGUCCUGCAAGUGCAGCUAGAAGCCCGUACGAGUCCGAGCAAACACACAUCCAUCUCUCUGUGCACACACACUCACACACAAACACACAAGCAAACGCGGUCAGACCAGAACUUGCACUUGUUUGUGC